AUGGCCCCACUACAUGAUCUUGAAAGCCAUAUGUGCCCCACAUGCGGAAGAUGUGACUUCAAAACUUCCAAGGGCCUCCUUUCUCAUAUGGGACAGGCAACAGGGUGCCAAUGGUAUCAUAAAGGAAAGCUAAGGGAUCUUGGGAAUCCAGGUAUGUUUGAACACACUGUGAUCCCAGAUGCUCUGGUUGAGGAGGGGGAGGACAUGAACAUGGAUGAAGGGGAUAGAGGCAUUAAUGAAUGGGAUCCUGAAGAUGCUCAGGAAGCAUGGAACCAAGAGUUAUUUGACCUCAUAGCUAUGCAGCCUCCCACAGAUUGUGCUCCUGCAAGAUUGGAAUCACCAGAGGUGGAAGAGCCCAUUCAAGGUUCAUCAAGGAGGGUUCUAAAUGUUGAUGAAGAUCACUGA